AUGUACACCACACCAGAACUAAACUACGAACUCGCAGCAUGUCACACACAAAACAUCAAGAAGAAGCUCAACAACUAUUGUCCGUUCAUGUCGCUCUUCCCUCGCGGUAACCCGCCGGCGUUGCUGGUCCUGACACAGGGCGAGUUGUUGCACCACAUCGGCGGCUUCAUGAGCGGCGUGCCGUUCGCUGUGGGUGCCUUUGCGGCUCGAGAGGCCAGACGUGCAUCUAAGGAACGGAAACAACACGUGACACCGAUCACUGCGCUCUACCCGCAACCUCGCGGUUAUUUGCCGCAAUGCGCAAUUAUCCGAGACGAUUUAAGCAUGCUGGAGCUAUUAUACCGCGUCUCCAAGCAACCGGAGCAUCAACGUAACCCUCGUCUCGAGUUCUACGAGGUUAUACGCUGCGCCGUCAUGUUCAACCGACUCAACGCGCUCCAAUGGAUCCGAACGCACUGCAAUCUCAAUAUUUACGAGUUUGAAGGCAAUUUGCUCAAUUACGCCAUUCACUAUAGCGGAGAUCUGGCGGUCAUGGACUGGCUGCAUCAUCAUGUGCCUCGUCAGUUCGUGCAUAUCCGUCCGUGGCAAUUGUGUUUCGCUGCGUCACGAGGAAAUCUCAGGGCUGUUCGAUGGCUGCACGAACACGACUAUGAAGGGUUCACACCUGGAGUGAUGGAUGCUGCAGCUAUUGCCGGGCAUCUGGAGGUCGUACAGUAUUUACACGAACAUCGGAGCGAAGGCUGUACGUACGAAGCCAUGGACAUGGCAGCAGCGAAUGGCCACUUGGAGGUCGUACGAUUUUUGCAUGAUCACCGCUCGGAAGGGUGUACGACUGUGGCUAUGGGGUGUGCUGCAGGGUUCGGACACGGCAAGGUGGUCGAAUUCCUGGGCAAACAUCGAAUGGAAGGUCCACACCCACGUGCACUCGAAGAUGCAGCCAAGAACGGGCAUUUGGAAUGUGUAAUACUGCUGUGUAGAUAUUCCACUAGAGGCUGCUUGUUUCAGGCUCGGAAAGGGGCAGCCAAAAUGAAACACCACGAGAUCGUCGAGUAUCUGUCCAGUAUCAUGGAAGACAACGUCUGGAGCUGCAACCCCCGAAGACACGAAGGCGACGGCCCGAGACGAUGUCAGAAGAACCAGUACGCGAUGGUAUUGCGGCGCAAAUCUUCACGUCUGCCACGCAGCAACAGCAAGGCUCGCAAGGUCGAAGGAGGUUUGUUCUCCCGCAUCUUUGGCAGUGACGCUGGACGAAAGGAGCCCACAAGACUUUGCUCCCGAGAUGUGAGCGUAAUACACCGUACGUCCGAGUCGCUCUCGACCCACGAACUCAUGGCGUGAGCAAUUAUCCUGCUAUUAUAGGUAAGUUAUUGCAACCAUUUUCGAGAUGUUGAUACAUUGGUUUAGUGUAUAUAAUGUCAUACUUGCCACUGCAAUCCACGUUCGUCAUACUUCGUAUAUCCAAAAA